UUUUUAACUUUCGCUGCAAACGGACAGAUGUUUUGCUGAUUUCUAGUGUUACUUCUCUUAAUAUAAUUGUUUGUUAUGAACGAAUUGGUCUUUGGACUGCUAAUAUAAAAUCGUGACUUAAGUUUCAGAAGUUAAGAUCAUUAGUUCGUUUCGUUCAUUAGAAUGAAUGCACAUCUUUCUCUUAUUUUGGCUAUUGCCAUAACAACCAUUGUAGUCCCUUUAACUGCUGGGGCUGACCAAAAAGGGACAGCAGAUAGUGAUGGUGAAAUACGAAUUUAUAAACGCCUUAUUCCGGCUGAUGUACUCAGAGAUUUUCCGGGAAUGUGCUUUGCUUCCACACGUUGUGCUACCGUUGAGCCCGGUAAAUCAUGGGACUUGACUCCGUUCUGCGGUCGUUCCACCUGUGUGCAAAACGAAGAGAAUAAGACAAAACUUCUGGAGCUUGUUGAGGAUUGCGGGCCGCUGCCAUUGGCAAAUGACAAAUGUAAAUUGGACACAUCAAAGACCAACAAAACCGCUUCUUUCCCGUAUUGCUGUCCUAUAUUUACAUGUGAGGCGGGAAUCACGUUGGAAUACCCUGAGAUUGAAAAGGAGGAUGCCAAGAAGAGUGAUGUAUAAAUUUGAACUUAUAUUUGAGUUAUGAUUGGUAUCCCGAGUAUUUAAAUAUGUGUUUUAUUUGGGUCAGAUAAAUCGGAAGAUUCUAUUAGAAAAGUUGAAUAAGAAAUAAAGUUAAAGGCCAAAUAAAAGUGGUCCCACUGCAAAUGUUUUAAAUUAA